CCUAGACUCCUGCAGUCGUGAAAAGCCGAGUCGGGACUCCCCCCCCAACCCCAGAGCUGCGGGGAGGAUGACUAUGGCUGGGGGCAGAAGGGGGCUGGUUGCCCCUCAGAACACGUUUCUGGAGAAUAUUGUCCGGAGGUCCAAUGAUACCAACUUUGUGCUGGGCAACGCUCAGAUAGUGGACUGGCCCAUCGUCUACAGCAAUGAUGGAUUUUGCAAGUUAUCAGGAUACCACAGGGCGGAAGUUAUGCAAAAAAGCAGUACCUGCAGUUUUAUGUAUGGGGAGCUGACAGACAAAGAUACAAUUGAGAAGGUGCGGCAGACGUUUGAGAAUUAUGAAAUGAACUCUUUUGAAAUCCUGAUGUACAAAAAGAACAGGACACCUGUGUGGUUCUUUGUGAAAAUUGCUCCAAUUCGAAACGAACAGGAUAAAGUGGUUUUAUUUCUUUGCACUUUCAGUGACAUAACAGCUUUCAAACAGCCAAUUGAGGAUGAUUCAUGUAAAGGUUGGGGGAAAUUUGCCCGGCUAACUAGAGCGCUGACAAGCAGCAGGGGGGUCCUGCAGCAGUUGGCGCCCAGCGUGCAGAAGGGUGAAAAUGUCCACAAGCAUUCCCGCCUGGCUGAGGUCUUGCAGCUGGGUUCAGACAUUCUUCCCCAGUACAAGCAAGAGGCACCAAAGACUCCCCCUCACAUCAUCUUACAUUAUUGUGUUUUCAAGACCACCUGGGAUUGGAUCAUCUUGAUCUUAACUUUCUACACUGCCAUUUUGGUCCCUUACAAUGUCUCUUUUAAAACAAGGCAGAACAAUGUGGCCUGGCUGGUUGUGGACAGCAUUGUGGAUGUCAUCUUCCUGGUGGACAUUGUGCUUAAUUUUCAUACUACCUUUGUUGGACCAGCUGGGGAGGUGAUCUCUGACCCCAAACUCAUCCGAAUGAAUUACCUGAAGACCUGGUUUGUGAUUGACUUGCUGUCCUGUUUGCCAUAUGAUGUCAUCAAUGCAUUUGAGAACGUGGAUGAGGGAAUCAGCAGCCUGUUUAGCUCACUUAAAGUUGUUCGACUCCUACGCCUGGGACGAGUGGCCCGCAAGUUGGAUCACUACAUUGAAUAUGGAGCUGCAGUCCUUGUCCUGCUGGUGUGUGUGUUUGGAUUGGCAGCCCACUGGAUGGCCUGUAUCUGGUACAGCAUCGGGGACUAUGAGAUCUUUGAUGAGGACACAAAAAUGAUCCGUAACAACAGCUGGCUCUACCAGCUGGCUAUGGAUGCUGGGACGCCUUACCAGUUCAAUGUGUCUGGCCUGGGGAAGUGGGAAGGUGGCCCAAGUAAGAAUUCUGUCUACAUCUCUUCCUUGUAUUUCACCAUGACCAGCCUCACCAGCGUGGGUUUCGGGAACAUUGCCCCCUCCACAGACAUAGAGAAGAUCUUUGCAGUUGCUAUAAUGAUGAUUGGCUCCCUCUUGUACGCCACCAUUUUUGGGAAUGUGACCACCAUUUUCCAGCAGAUGUAUGCUAACACCAACAGGUACCACGAGAUGCUCAACAGUGUUCGGGACUUCCUGAAGCUCUACCAGGUGCCAAAGGGACUCAGUGAACGAGUCAUGGACUACAUUGUGUCCACUUGGUCCAUGUCCAGAGGCAUUGACACUGAGAAGGUUCUCCAGAUAUGCCCCAAGGACAUGCGUGCUGAUAUCUGUGUGCACCUAAAUCGCAAGGUGUUCAAGGAGCAUCCAGCAUUCCGGCUCGCCAGCGAUGGCUGCCUACGGGCACUGGCCAUGGAAUUCCAGACCGUUCAUUGUGCCCCUGGUGACCUCAUCUACCAUGCUGGCGAGAGUGUCGACAGCCUGUGCUUUGUGGUUUCAGGUUCUUUGGAAGUGAUUCAGGAUGAUGAGGUGGUAGCCAUCUUGGGAAAAGGAGAUGUGUUUGGAGAUGUGUUCUGGAAGGAAGCCACACUUGCCCAGUCCUGUGCCAAUGUCAGGGCCUUAACCUACUGCGACCUGCACGUGAUUAAGCGGGAUGCCCUGCAGAAAGUGCUAGAAUUCUACACAGCCUUCUCUCACUCCUUCUCGAGAAACCUCAUCCUCACAUACAAUCUGAGGAAAAGGAUUGUGUUUCGGAAGAUCAGCGAUGUGAAGAGGGAAGAAGAAGAGAGAAUGAAACGGAAGAAUGAGGCCCCCCUGAUCCUGCCCCCAGACCAUCCUGUCCGGAGGCUUUUCCAAAGAUUCCGGCAGCAGAAGGAAGCCAGACUGGCAGCAGAGAGGGGAGGCCGGGAUCUGGAUGACCUGGACGUGGAGAAGGGCAACAUUCUCUCAGAGCACUCCUCUGCCAACCACACAGUGGUAAAGGCCAGUAUCGUCACUGUCCGGGAAAGCCCGGCCACCCCUGUCUCUUUCCAGUCAGCAUCUAUCUCAGGGGUGUCAGACCAUGCCAAACUACAUGCCCCUGUGUCUGAGGGCCUGGGCCCCAAGGGAGGAGGGGGGGAUUGUCCCCGACGCAAAGGUUGGGCUCGUUUCAAAGAUGCCUGUGGAAAGGGGGAGGACUGGAACAAAGUCUCUAAGGCCGAGUCGAUGGAGACGCUCCCUGAGAGGACAAAGACAUCUGGGGAGGCCACACUGAAGAAGACGGACUCUUGUGAUAGUGGUAUCACCAAAAGUGACUUGCGCUUGGACAAUGUUGGUGAGACCAGGAGUCCUCAGGACCGCAGCCCUAUCCUUGCAGAGGUCAAGCAUUCCUUCUACCCCAUCCCUGAGCAGACUCUUCAGGCCACCGUGUUGGAGGUGAAGCAUGAGCUGAAGGAAGACAUUAAGGCCUUGAACAACAAAAUGGCGAACAUUGAAAAACAGCUCUCUGAGAUAUUAAGGAUAUUAACUUCCAGAAGAUCUUCUCAGUCCCCCCAGGAGCUGUUUGAAAUAUCGAGGCCCCAGUCCCCAGAAUCAGAGAGAGACAUUUUCGGAGCAAGCUGAGAGGCCCAUUUAUUUAAAAAUUAAAAUAAAAACAUAAACAUUGCAAACCCUCUUCCAGAAACACAUGCAUAGAGCUAACAUUUUCUUCUCAAAAUAAGAUUUUCUCAUUGAUGGAAAAUCAGUGAGGGACCAGUCAAUCCAGCAUGCCCCCCACUUUCUGGACAAAGAGGAAUUUACCACCACCCUGCAAGAUGGCACUUGUGUUGGAAGUGUCUUAGCACAAAUUUGGAAGAGGGGGUACACUGUUCAAAGAGUAUUUUCCUUAUCUCCUCAGUUUGGACAUUUUUUUUACUUCCAUAAUAUUUGUAAAAAAAGAAAUAUAGAGGAAAAAAAAAGAACCCAUCAGCCUUUUUGAAGAUUGAAGGGGGUGGCUGGGAAUGUGUUCACCACUAUGUGACCUUCAGCUCCUUUGCCAAGUCCCCAAAGACUCUGGAGGGUGUGAGAAUCACUAGCACCAUCCUGCUGGGCUGCCUUCCUGUACAUUUGUACAGCCAGUAUCCAGUGUCAUAGUAUAUUUUCAUAUCAUAAGAAUCAUUUGUAACAAGCAUGGGGGGAAGAAGGGAACAGGUGGGAGGGCAGAACUCCUUUUAUCCCUUCAUCUGUCUGGAUCAGGACCAAAAGACAGAUGCAGGUGUUGUGCCUCCCGCCAAAGGUUAGAAUCGUGAAGCCGUGGGGAUUUGCCACAGGGCCUGAAACCCAGUGGGUUACUCGGGGAUAUGCAGGCCCCAGCCCUCUCUCUUGGUCUGCAACCAGUGACUUAGAUUUUUAUGUGUCUCCUAACUAUUUCUGGGUCCCCAAGGCUGCUGAAUGCCGGCAUAGAAUCUUGAUCUCUCAUUCCAAAAGAGUUAAGAGCUGAGCCAGUUGUUUAGAGGGUGAGAGAUAGUCUCCUUACCCAGGAUCAUUAGCAGGUCAUUUUUUUUUCCUGGAGAUCUCACAUGGACACUGGGUACCUCUAAGUGAUUCCAGGAUCCUGAUUGACUCCUAUCUCCAGAUGCAGUUCUCUAC